AUGGCAUCCGCCAUGGCCAAGCGCCUCGAGGGCAAGACCAUUGUCAUCACCGGCGCCUCGUCGGGCAUCGGCCGGAGCACGGCGAAGGAGUUCGCCCGCACGGCGCCCAACAACCUCAAGCUGAUCCUCACGGCCCGCCGGCUGGACUCGUUGAACCAGCUCGCGCAGGAAAUCAAGGAGGAGGUUGGCGACGGCGUCAAGACGCUGCCCGUGCAGCUGGACGUGAGCAACCCCGCCGAGGUCCAGAAAUUUGUGCCCUCGCUGCCGGCGGAGUUCCGCGACAUUGAUGUGCUGGUAAACAAUGCCGGCCUGGUCCGCGGCGUCGCCAAGGCCCCCGAGAUCGAUCCCGAGGAUAUCAACAUCAUGUUCGCGACGAACGUCAACGGCCUGAUUGGCAUGACGCAGGCGAUCCUCCCCAUCUUCAAGCAGAGACCUGACGGCGGACGCGGCGACAUCAUCAACAUUGGCAGCAUUGCCGGCCGUGAGGCGUACCCCGGCGGCAGCAUCUACUGCGCGACCAAGGCCGCCGUCAAGUCGUUCACGGACGCCCUGCGGAAGGAGCUGAUCGCGACGAGAAUCCGCAUCAUCGAGAUCGAUCCCGGUCAGGUCGAGACGGAGUUCUCGGUCGUGCGCUUCUACGGGGACAAGGCGAAGGCGGAUGCUGUCUAUGCGAACUGCGAGCCGCUCACCCCCGACGACAUUGCCGAAGUCAUCGUCUUUGCGGCGGGUCGCCGAGAGAACGUGGUGAUUGCCGAUACCCUGAUUUUCCCCAGCCACCAGGCCUCGCCUACGGCGGUACACAAGAAGGCUUAG